UUAACCAAAAAAUUUACUUUAUUUUUUAAAAGUUGUGGAAGAAAAUUUUCUUCCAAGUAAAUUGCACUUAUUACUUAUCUAAAAACAAAAGCAAGUAGAAUAACAUUUGUAGUUAGAUUACAGUAAGUAGCAUUUGAAACUCUGAAAACUUAGCGUUCCCAUAAAAGUGAAUUUGUAUUGCUUUUUUCUUUCAUAAUGUAUCAGAUAUUUGGGACUAGACAGUUUGUUCAUGUUCUGAAAUAAAUAUUUGGGAGCUCCCUUAGGGAAAGAUGGGGAGGGUGGUAUGAAUUAGGGUGAGACGUGAAUUUCCUUUUCAGAAUGUCAGUGUUCUCUUGCAUUAUAGGGGGCUGUAAAUUCAUUUAGUGCUAUCUAGAUGAAACCUCAUAUGCUCUGGCUUGGAGGCCAGGAGGAACCAUUGGCUGAGAUUUGCCAACUAAAGUUCUAUGACAGCCUUCCCAUGGAUGAUAAUAGAAGGAUUCAAAUGCUUGCAGACACGGUAGCUACUUUGCCUCGGGGACGGAAGCAGCUUGCCUUGCUGAGAACAAGUUCUUUAGGUGAAUUUUCCUGGUCUCAAAGAAAGCUUGUUACUGUGGAAAAGCAGGAUAAUGGAACAUUCGGAUUUGAAAUUCAGACUUUCCCAUUCCCGAUCCAGAACACCUACUCCUCAGAGAUGUACACUCGGAUCUGCAAGAUCCAGGAGGACAGCCCAGCACAGUGCGCUGGUCUGCAAGCUGGUGAUGUCCUUGCAAAUAUCAAUGGUGUGAGCACGGAAGGCUUCACCCACAAGCAAGUUGUUGACCUGAUCAGAUCGUCAGGAAACCUACUAACGAUAGAGACUCUUGAUGGGAAGAUUUUCAAAAAAGCAGAGCUUGAAGAAAAGCUGAAAAAGUUAAAGCAAAACUUGAAGAAAAAGUGCGUGGAGUACCAAUCUCUGCAGUUACAGGAACAUCGCUUGCUUCAUGGCGAUGCAGCUAACUGCCCAUGUUUGGAAAACAUGGACAUAGAUGAAUCAACUUUGUUUGGAAACCUGCCUGGACCAAGCUUGAUGCUCAUGGACCAGAAUCGAUUAUCCAGUGAGAGUAGCUGUAGGAGCUGGCUGAGCUCCAUGACGAUUGACAGUGAGGAUGGCUACCAGACAUGUAUGUCUGAGGACUCAGCCAGGGGAGCCUUCAGCCGCCAGACAAGCACAGAUGACGAGUGCUUUGUCCCCAAGGAUGGGGAUGAUUUUCUGAAGAGAUCUUCUUCCCGGAGGAACCGGAGCAUUAGUACCACCAGCAGUGGGUCCAUGUCUCCUUUGUGGGAGGGCAACUUUUCAAGCAUGUUUGGGACCCUACCUCGGAAAAGCAGAAGGGGAAGUGUCCGGAAGCAACUUUUGAAAUUCAUCCCUGGCCUUCACCAUGCUGUGGAAGAGGAAGAGAGUCGCUUUUGAGGGGAUACAAAUACAUCUACACUCGUCUAGAUCAAUUCCAUCCAGCUUAGUGGAAAAAGUACAGCUGAAAUGCAAAACUGAUGUCCUAUUUCAUGGCAAUAGUGACCUUUAUUUAAAUUUUUGUACCUUUUUUUGUUUCUUAAAUCAUGAAACUGGAGCAGCUCAAGGUCUAAGCAGAUGGUAGAAAAACUAAUUAGUAAGACGGUUAAUAGAACAAAUUAACUCAAGUGCUGGCUCAUUUUAAAGCAGCAGUAAUAUUUAAUUUCUAUAUUUUCUAUGUGAAAAAUUGAGAACUUUUGGAACUAAAAUAACAACUAUUACAAUUGUUACAAUAGUAGCAAUUAUUACAAUUAUUUGGAUUGGUAAUUGGUAAGCGCCAAUACUUUAUUUUUGCUUAAGUUCAGUGGCCUCUGGGGAGACUCACAGUCAAUUUUGAAUGUUUCUGUACAAAUCCGUGGAGACUGAUAAGGAGAGAUGACCAUCGGCCAUUUCUUAUAUCCAUACUUGCGAGGUAAGAUUUAAUCUGAAGGCUUAUGCAUCAUAAUAUCCAUGGAAAGAUGCUUCAGACAGGCACUAAGGAAGAUCAUGUCCUGUUUGUAGGCAGCCUGAACCAGAUGGGUGGGAAUGUCAUUUUUUGUACCUGAUUCAACUCUUAUUCUACCUGAACAUUGAUAAUAAAUCUAGAAUUCGCAAGAUCCUACAUUUUUGUCAAUAGUUUUUUUUUUUUUUUUAAACCAAGGUGUCUAAAAUUUGAAACAUUAGUGUUGGAAAAAGUCUUCUACAGACUUUUCCACAUUAUUCUUCACUUAUGUUAUAUAUUCCAAAUAGUUAUUGACUCAGUAUUCUUUUGCCUAUUAAUUAUGUUCAUAUGUUACAUCUAGCAUUUCAAUCAUAUUUUCAUUCAGUGCCUAUUAAAGUCCAUGAUUUCUCUGUUCUGGUAAUACUGCUGCUCAUUUCCUAUAUUCUAGAGCAGAUAAUCUGGACAAUGCAAAAGCAUUCCUUAUUAAUUUUAAGUUGUGUAUGUGUGUGUGUGUGUGUGUGUGUGUGUGUGUUUGGAAGAAACAGACAGUGGAACUCUGCACUUAUGUAAACUGAGGAAGACAUUAGUUUAUUUUGAGAAAAGAGGGACAGGUAAGGAAAAUUGUAGGUAAGAAAUAAAUUUUAAAAAUGAAAGGAUUUUUGGUUGGGACCUGCUUCUACUAAUUCUUUGAACCAAGAAGCAUCCAGUGGGCUCUGCUUGAGAUUCAUCCCUAUGAAAGCCAACACGAGUGUUUCACAGGACAGUGGCGCUCCUCUCUGCCAUUUACUGACUGUUAAGUGUGCUUUCCAUGUUUUACUCUCUAUAGCCCUGUAGAUAGGUGUUAUGUACACAGAUAAAUAAUUGCAAUCUGAAAAAGUUCCCCUGGUCAGUGGUAAGACUGCAACUAGAAGCCAGUUCUUCCUGACCCUAGCCUAUUCUGGUCUUUCUACAAAUUUUUUAUUCUUUUUCUGGUUCUGUAUAGUUAUCACUGUGGCACUUGGUGAUACACAGUUGUAAAUACUGCAUGGAUCAAGACAUUAUCUUUGGAAACAGGAAAAUUAACACACAUUAAUAGUGAUUCUUUCUCCAGGCCUCCACAAACAAGUUUUAAGAUGUGGACAAAUUAAUAAUUGCACAGUUGGCAAUAUAAUUUUAUUUUCAACAAGGGCUUUGCAAGCCAGUUGUGGUUUGACUAAUAUGCUUACUUCUCAUUGUAGGCUACAAUUAUCAUACUAAGGAUCUACUUACAUAAGUGUAGCUUUUUCUGUUAAUUGUAAUUCAAGUGCAGGGGAAAGACAUAUCACAUUUUAUUUUUAAAGAUUUAUUUAUUUAUGCAUACAAGAACUGGGGUGCAGGCCAGAGGUAUGGGGGUGAGAGUAUUCACCAGAGACAGAAUGGAGAACAGAACAGGCAGACUGACUGAAAUACACUGCUGAGGGAGUAGCGGGUGAGACAGGAGAGGUCUGCUGCACCAUGUGGGUUAGCUACCUGGCCAGCUUAGGGUCAAACUCUGGUGAUAGCUUGAUAGCACUGUCUCUAACCCCUGUGCCAUCUGGGAGGCCCAGGACAUAGCACAUUUAUUUGAAGAAAGACGACUGGAAUUCUUCCACAGUGUGAAUAAUGUUUCGAGAACUAUGACAGGUCAUCUGGGAAAACAGAGCCUUGGUAAUUAUCUUUUCUUGUGGCUUUAAGUGGUAAAUAUAGUGUGUACUUCUGUUUUACAGAUCAUCAAACCAGAGAAAAGGGACAGAGCAUAUUGUUCAGUAGCCUGUGCUACAAAGAAUUAGAGUCUAAGGUUAGAUAUGUUCUGGAAAAAAAGAAAAACACUUGUUAACCAAUGUACAGGAAGUAAGGUUAUGUCAUGAUCUGUGUGAACACAAUUUGUAAGAAAACUGUUGUUUAGUGGAAAUGUGGGUAAAUUUCUCACGGCUUAGCUUUUCCGACUGAGCCUGACUUUAGUGAGGCUUUAGAAAAUUUUAUUUCUCUAAUUUUUUUGGUGCAUAGUGGCUCACUUUAAUAUAAUUUUCUAGGGAAAGACUUGAAAAAUGAAAUUUUUUUAACCCCAAACUGCCAAAUAUGUAAUAUUGGUGAAUUGUACUUAUUGACAAUUUAUUAUGAAAAGGCAUUUUUCUAUCAAGUGUGGCAUUGAUAAGCCAAAUGGGAAUUAAAUAUACUGGGAAUUAAUCUGUCAUGUAACCAAAGGAAUACCACCAUGUCAAAAUGAUUGCAAUUGUAAUUUUUCCAACUUUUUGUUUCAAAAAUUUCUACUUGGCAAUACUUGUAUAUCUUAGUUGCAUGAUACAAACAGUAUUAAAAAUCCAAGCUUGAACUGAAGAAAUAAAACUUGGACAUAGUUCGUGGGUACUAAUCAUAAAGUGUAAGUAUAGAUGUGUACAAUCUAAGUACAAUAAAUAAUACAUAGCUAUAUUGAGGGCUUCAGAUCACAAAAGUAUUGAUACUUUGUAUUCAUUUACUUAUAAAAUGAUAGUCAAUAAAAUAAAACCUUGACACCUUUCUAAAAUA